AUAUUUUUUUUCAUAAUUUAUCUUUUUCCAAAGUACUAUAUAUUUUGUCGCAAAAGUUAUCGUCCUAAAAAUUGUUAUAAAAACAAACUACGGCGAAAAUAUACAAAUAAAAAGCUUAAACUUCUCAAAAAUUUAUUAAAAAUCGAAUCUAGCAAUCAAUUGAUUUAAAAUUAUACGAAAAUCUUAGGAAAAACAUCAAGAAAAUGGGCAUCUUCGGACAGUCGACACCGUUCGAUGCUGACAUUGAGAAAGCAACAAGCGAGAAAAACACAACCGAAGAUUGGACCCUCAUUUUAGAUGUAUGCGACAAAGUCACAUCGAAUCCAAGAAAUGCCAAAGAAUGUCUAAAGGCAAUAAUGAAACGCAUGGGCCAUCCUGAUCCUCAUGUAGUCAUACAAGCGGUCACUCUAUUAGAUGCAUGUUGUGGAAAUUGUGGCAAGCCAUUUCAUUUAGAAGUUGCUUCGAGGGAAUUUGAAAACGAAUUCCGUCGAUUGUUAUCCAAGGCGCAACCGCAAGUCUCAUUGAAAAUGCGUCAACUUGUGAAAAAUUGGGCUGAAAAUGAUUUUAAAUCUGAUCCACAAUUGAAUCUGAUUCCAUCACUUUAUGCAAAGUUGAAAAGUGAAGGUUAUGAUUUUUCCGAUGCAGCACAAAAAACACCGAAAUCUGCUUCGACAAUUGCCGCCCUUAAAGAUCCAAAUGUUGUGAGCAGCCAACAAGAGGAAGAAGAUAUUGCCAAGGCAAUUGAACUUUCUUUAAAAGAGGCCAAAAAUAGCCCAAAGAAGCAAACGACUACAGUAGCUCCAACCACAUACCCAUCUUUGUAUCCAUCAUUCUCUGGUUCAUCGGGUUCCAUUGGCAGCAUAACUUCAGGUGCUUCAUCGACAUCUCAACCUGAGCCACGUAAAGUUCGUGCUUUGUAUGAUUUCGAAGCGGCUGAGGAAAACGAGCUGACGUUUGUGGCUGGGGAGAUAAUUCAUGUGCUAGACGAUACCGAUCCCAAUUGGUGGAAGGGUUACAAUCAACGUGGCGAGGGACUCUUCCCCUCCAACUUUGUUACCGCCGACUUGAGUGUCGAACCGGAACGUCUUGAUAUUAAUGUAAAAUCUAAAAAGACGGUGCAAUUCGAAGAGGAGCCGACCUCAAAGAGUGAAGACCAAAAGACUGAGGAAACCAAUUUUGUUGCUGAGAUCGAUGAGCAAAAAAUCGAUCGUUUAUUGCAUUUGCUUCACGAAGCUAAUCCCGAGGAUUCAUCAGAAGACACUGAGGAAAUGCUGCGUCUCGAACAAGAGGUUCAUCAGAUGGGUCCACUGAUUGAUGCCGAAUUGGAGCGCGUCGACCGGAAACAUGCUCAGUUGACGCAACUGUCUAGUGAUUUAGUUGAUGCCAUUAAUUUGUAUCACACCUUAAUGCGUGAUGAUCGAGCUGCUGCGGCAUUCCCCGGAGCAGGGUACAAUAUGCCUCCGAUGGGCGCUUACAAUCCUCAGCAGAUGUAUGGUCCUGGCCCGAAUCCAUACCCCUCGUACAUGCCACCUCAGCAGCAGAACUUUCACCUUCCCCAGCAGUAUCCCCCCAUGAGCAUGCCAUCGAUGCAGCAACCUGGCAUUCAGCCUCCUACGAGCGCUCCCGGACACAUUCCACCAGUCAGCGGAAACUCAGGUGUCAAUCCAAUGCUCUACGGUCCUCACAUGCAACAUGCAGCCCAAUCGUCUCCGCAACAACAGAUGAUACCGGUUCAGUUCCAAAACGGUCGAUUGAAUUCUCCGCUGCAAAAUGGUCAAACUCCACAGCAAAUGGCCAACAAUAAUCCACAGCCUAAUCCGCAGCAACAACCAUUUACGCCCCCACAACAUCAACAUCAACAACAGCAGCAACAGCUACCAACUCAGAACUUUCCCCAGCAACAGCCAUUACCCUCUCAGCCCCCACAGACAAUGGGGCCACAGCAGCAUCCAAUGAUGCAGCCACCAUCACAACAGCAACAACAACAGCAACAUCUCCAACAUACACUCCCCCCAAAUAAUGGGCAGCAACACUCCAGUCCAGCAGUGCCAGCACAAGUUCCCGGCCAAUAUCAUCAUCCACAACAAGCGUUUCUAAUGCGUCAAUAUCCGAUGGCGAAUGCGAAUGGCAGUGGUGGUGUCAAUGUCGGUUAUGGCCAACUACCACCAGUGUCAACAGCCGUCUCAUCAGCUGCACCUCCCCUAGACAUGAUGUGCAAUCAGCAAGUGCCAGGCGGGCUCAUGACUUCGGCAAUGGCCCAACAAAUGGCAAUCAAUCAACCUGUGACACAAAACUUUCUCGUCCAAAACGAGGCAAAAACAAACAUUCCUGUAUUCCAGCAGCAGCGGUAAAACCGCCCAAUCGAGCUGGUAAAAAAUUAUUAUGAUUAUUAUAAACAUUUUAAAUAUUAUUAUUAUUUUUUUGUUUCAUUUUAUUUUUAUUUUACUUUUGCCUAACGGUAUAAAACUAUUCAAAUACACACAUUAUAUAAAAGAAAGAAAAUCAUUAAAAAACUAAAAACUAAACUAAAUUGUACGCAGAUGUCUUUUGUUUUUAAAUUGUUGUUGAUAUAAACAACAAAAGUGUGCACAGGGUGGGCCGAUAGUGACUUCCUAAUUUAAAGUGAUAAUAACUUUUGAUAGAUUUAUUUUUUCUCUUUAUAUUAAUAAUUUAUUUUAGAAUGAAAAGGUAUGAUUUAUUGAGUUCUUUUUAGGGCUAAGUGUGAAUAUAAAUGUCCCUUUAUGAGUACCAGCUUCAUGCUCCAAGAUACGCGCUCUUUCAGGAGCGUUUUCCAUAACACAAUAUUUUGUAUUACAUCUGGCCUCAUCUCUAGUAUUUCAUCAUGAAUGUUUUCCUUCACCCGCUUUUGCUUCCCAAGUCAAUCGAGCGUGUUUCAAAUCGACUCCCUUGUCUGUUAACUUUAUAUUUCUCCCAUAGUGUUCGUGUUCCCAUUUAUAAUUUCUCAUGCUUUAUACAUUCUCAAUUACGCGACCCCAAUAAUUGUGCCAAAGAAAUGUAUGUUAAAGCUUAUGCUAACGCGGUUCUUUUACAUUAGACUUUGCGGAUGAUCUCUCCACCCUUUAUGCGUCGGCCUCGGUUAACGCGUAUGUGUUAAUUUUACUUUAUUUUAUUGCGAGAAACGUAGAUCAAUCUCUGAUGUAAUAAUCGAAAUAAAAUGGCUUGGUGAAAUUAUUUCAAACAACAACGGUACAAAUGUAAACAAAAUCCAAUCGCUGUCAAAAAAAAUCGAUCUCUUAUUUCAAAAUUUUCAGUUUCAGUUACACAAUGUCCAAAUUUUGUUCGAUAAAAAAAAACAAUUCAGUGUCUUUAAUCUCAUAUUCCUCUUCAUGAUAACGCGAACAGUAUCCUCUAAUGACUUUAAAUUGCUUCGUUCGGCCAUAGACUACAGACUUAAAUCCCUAAGCGGUUCCGCGAAAGAAAUACACAAAAACUUAGUAUUCAAUCUAAAUCAAAUCCAAUCCAAUCCCUUGUCUUGCAUAUCCCCUUCCUCCCCUUAAAUUCUUAACGAAAUCAAAACUAAAUAUAUCUUCAUAUUGUUUACGAAGUUAGAGAUUAAGAAAGAAAGUCUUCGUGUGUGCAGUGACAUCCAAUUAGUAAAUGAACACUCAAGAUAAAUUUAAUCUCUUCUAUGUGAUUGAUAUGUCAAACGUACCUUCUUCAAACAAAAACCAUUCUAUCUGCCGAUGCGACUCCUUCCGGUAUUCAAUUUGCAACAACAAGCACAACAAGAGUUAAACACCAAAAACCAACCGCACGCAACCUCUCUUAAGUGCUCGUUCAUCCUUUAAUAGUACUUUUGACCCAUCUUAAGAAACUAGGCGAGUGUCUUUUAAACUCUCCAAUUUUGGCUAGUUUAUACCUAAGAACAGGAGCUAAAUAUCAUAAAUUCAUAAGAUCCUAUAUUUUAAACUCCGCUCAGUCAACUAUACAUCCCACACACACAAUCCUUUUUCCUCAACAAAAUUUAGGCAAUUGUUUUUUCUAACAGUAGUCAAACUUACUCGGAUGCUGAUUCUAUUGAAUGUUGCUAUGCCCUCUAUUGGCUUGCUAGCAUUUCUAGAUUCUCUACAGCACAUUCAAAAAUACGUUCUAUUUUAAGCUUCAGUUUGGGCAGUGCGAUGUCUUCAGCUCGACAGGUCGUACAAGAUUAUGGAUAAUGGUCUUGAUUCAAACACCGAAAAGUCUGCACGUGUGUCUACGAGAUAUCCUUGGUUUGUUUUUCGAUCUUGGAUAAAUAAGCGAAGGCUUUCAUUUGUGUCAGCUCUGUGCAGUGUCGCUUCCGAUGACAGACCCUCCUUUAGUUUUCCGAGAGGUCGAAUUUUUUUGAAAUAGCCAGUUUCAACGCAUUUUUUUGCAUUCUUGCCGAACCUUAAAUGAUAGCGAUAAAGUGGAAGACGUGGUUAGACUUACUGCGACUUUAUUCUUAAAUCUGUCUUUUGUGAGUCAUGCUUUCUGCUUCCACCCGGUCUUGAUGUUCAUAGUUCUUUGACUUGUUUUUGAAGCGUAUCGAUUCUUGAUAAAAUUUCAGAUUGGCUAAUAUGUGAGAUGCUCUGCAUUUCGGCCAUCGUUCCAGCUUGUUUUGAAAGCGUCGUUAAUUUGCCUGAACCAAUGCAAAUAACAACUCUAAUGUUAUCCGGAAGUCUUUCCAACCACAAUGUUUUGAGCACAUCAUGGGAAAGUUGGCUUUUCACAAGUUCUUUUAUUUUUUCAGAAGCUUAGAUGGACCCAAGUCACCAAGCUCAACACUGUUUAUCAAUUUACGCAACUUCUUUUGAGUCAGAGUCAGUAAAUUCUGCUAUUAUCACUUUUUUUAGUUCUUCAUAUUUAUUUGUUUUUGUUUUUUGUGGAUUUCUUAGUGAAUCACAGAGACGUGAAGAAACAUUUUGAUCUAAUGAAGCAACGGCGACGUAGUGAUAUUUUGUUAUGUCGCAUUUGAUGUUAGCAAUUUGAGCUGCGUCUCCAUCUGUAUAAAAAAUAGGUAGGUCGGGAUGGUCUUGCAAAAAUGAUGGUGGCUUUAUAGAAACCCGAUGCAAAUCGCCGCUAACGUUUUGUCUGACCUGGUCAUCAUCAGACAUUUUCUGUAGAACUUUCGAGAAAUUCAACAAUCUCUUUUUCUUGCUGUGCGUACUUUUUUUCAACGUAGGGGUCACCAAUAUUGAUAAUGGCCUUGAUUCAAACUUGACCAACACCAAUUCAAUAAAAUUCAAGUUAAAAAAUUAAAAGACGAAAGCGUAUCAGAUAGAUUUAAAUAGAGUGAUUCGAAUGCAUUGAUAAAUAAAUACUAAUUUGAAACUGAGUGAAAUGAAAAUUUUAAAUAGUUAAAUAAAUGAAUGAUAAUGAUAAUAUAUGUAUAGCUGCUAUAAGAUCAACGACAGACCCUAGUUGCCAAAACCGUAUCACCAGUGCCGUGAUUAUUUGGACAGAGAUUGUAUUUCGCACAUAAGCUCUAAGCUCUGGGUUAAAAAAAAAAGUUUGGCCCCUAUUUAACUUGUAAUUUUAGUACAUCACCCAAAAUUGUUUUAUUAAUACCAAGAAAAAGUAAAGACAAAAAUUAAAAACAAAAGAGUUAUGAUUUUUUUCAAUUUAGGAAGUCACUUUUGACUCACCCUGUUUAACGAUAAGGAAACUGAAAAAAAUAAACUAUAAGCAUAGAAGUCAUUUUAAAAAUAAUGCAAGAAAGAGUCUUAAGUUUUAUUUUUCUAGAAUUUAUUUGUAUAUGAUUUAUAUUUUACUGUGUAAGAUUAUUAUAACCUACAUCAUUUAUAUGGAAAACUUACUCACUUGGGUACUCAUAAUAGAAGAAAGGAUUAUAAUCCUCUUGUUACCAGCUUUUGGGUUGAUUUUUUAUUUGUGUUCUUUUGUUUUAAUCUUACUCUAAAGUUGUAAAGUCGUCAGAAUGCUUAGCUUAUGUUUUUAAAUUUGUUGACUAUUAUGGUUUAUGUAAAUUUUCUUCGUGGUUGUCCUUUUUUUCCAAAACACAUUUGUUAUGUGAACAAAAAGAGAAAAUAAAAAUCUUGUAAAAUUCUUCA